AUGGCGACUUACUCUCGCCUACGUCUACUCUCAGCCUUUCGGGCGCCUCUCUCCAAACGCUUCCUUUCGACCGAGUCGCGGUUAGCCUCGGACCACGUUCGUAUCGUGGAAGUUGGCCCUCGCGAUGGACUGCAGAAUGAGAAAAAGUCUAUACCCAUGGAGACGAAAAUGGAGCUGAUUCGGAGGCUGGCCAAGACUGGUGUCACCACCAUCGAGGCCGGCUCCUUUGUUCCGGCCAAAUGGGUACCACAGAUGGCCAGUACGGCUGAGAUUUGCGAACAACUUCUCACAUCACCUCCACCAUCUCAAAGUACAAUCGCCUAUAAUUAUCUAGUCCCCAACAUCAAGGGGUUGGAGAGCUUGGUCAAGAUCAUGGAUGCAACCGGCGUCCCGGCAGACUCGCCCGGCUCAGAAUCCAAGUCGGCGACAACGACAGAAGUCUCCCUUUUUGCAGCCGCUACGGAGUCGUUCUCGAAGGCUAACACCAAUUGUACCAUCGCCGAGUCCUUGGAGCGUAUCAAACCUAUCGUUACGCUGGCCAAGACGAAGAACAUUCGCGUGCGAGGAUAUGUCUCAGUUGCGCUGGGCUGUCCCUACGAAGGUCCAGAGGUGAGCCCGUCCAAGGUGGCCGAAAUUACGGCUACCCUCUUGGAGAUGGGCGCAGAUGAAGUGUCAGUCGCUGACACCACGGGCAUGGGCACUGCGCCGCGGACCAUGGAACUCCUUCAGGCCCUGAAGGCGGCUGGAAUUGCCAACACGGAUCUGGCUCUUCAUUUCCACGAUACUUACGGACAGGCCUUGGUGAACACCAUUGUCGGGCUGGAGCAUGGUGUCCGGAUUUUCGACAGCAGCGUUGGAGGAUUGGGAGGGUGCCCGUACUCCAAGGGUGCCACCGGUAAUGUCUCCACGGAGGAUCUCGUCCACACCAUCCACAGCUUGGGGAUGCACACGGGUGUCAGCCUCGAGGAGAUGUCGCGGAUCGGCUCGUGGAUUAGCGGGGAAUUGGGCCGAGUCAACGACAGCCGAGCCGGCAAGGCCACUCUAGGCCGGCUGGCAGAAUAA